AUGGCCAAAAGAAAUGACUCGGCGAUUUUCAAGACUCUUUCAGAAAUACUAUAUGAUGUCGACUGUUCCCCAAUUAUAGAUGACGCUCAUUAUAGUUCUACCUGCUGGGCAAUUACGAAGUAUGGACACCGCUGCGGAAAUCGGAUUCGCUACCGUGAAGAGGAUAAGCUAUUCCGCAGGCUUUGGUCCAAAUUAAAAACCAUAACAGAAUGCCCCGAUACCGAUGAUUUUUAUGAUCAGUUGGAGACUUUUGUUGCUCUUACCCACUGCAAAAGGCACCAUCGCGAUAGAGCCCUCAAUGCUUUUACUGCGUGGAAGGCAAAACGGCAAGCUGCUUUGGACUCACCGCCAUUCCCAUCAUCAGCAAAUGAGACGUCGAAUAAUCAACAGGAUGAUAAUUCUUCCAACAUUCUCCAUGACAGGACCAGCAUAUAUUUUGCCGACUCUAUAUCGAUCGAAGAUGAGGCUGAAGAGGAAACUUCCACUUCAUCUGAUGAUUCAGACGAGAGUAGUCAUCCGGACAAGAUUAUUGUUAAUGACCAUAUGAGCGAGCUUGUUGAGCGGGCAGCUAUUGAUAAAGAGUCAUUUCCGCAUUCGGACGAGAGUUCUGAUCAUGGAGAGCGUACUGAUUUGGGUGACAAUGCUAGUGAUUACAGAGCGGAUGAGCGGCGUCAGAGUUACACUAAACUUGAGAUUGAAGAAGCGGCGAGAAAGUCUCUGACUUUGAAGGAACAAAAGUCGGUAAGGGAGCUGGAACAAAAAUUGGAACAAAAGGCAUAUCGCGUGCACUCUUUAUUUGGAGAGUUAACCAAGGCUUUGGAUAUAUCGUUCGAACAAGCGGUCGCGUCCCAAGAGAAAGUAGGCGAUAGCCCUACGGACGAAACUUUUGGGAAGUCUCUUGAUAUGACUCAAGAGGUACAAACAAAUAUCAUCGCGCCUCCUCCCACGGACUCGGGAUACGGUUCCACAUCUGCGACAGAGAGCAAACCCGGCUUGUCCAUGCGGCAUACGGAUGUAGAGCAGCCAACACAAGCGACACUCGAUCAGGACAUGGAUGAUACAGCUACUGAAUAUUCAGAUGAAUCUCGAAGCACGUUUUCGAAGAAGCAAGGCUUCGUACGGGAACUAGCAAUUGAGCUUUUCAAAGCCGUUAGCUCAUCAAAUGCAACCGAAAUAAUUCCAGCAAGAGUCUCGACCAUUCUGCCUGAGCUGCUUCAGGCGUUUGCGUUGAAAGUUGGUUAUGGUGCCAAAACGCAAAUGCAUCGAGAUGUAAUGGCUUUUGUGUACAGGUACAGGCGUGACAUUGCGACAGAGUUUACCGAUAUGAGUUUCAAGAAAGACUUGGAUGAUUCCACAGAAGACAAGCGCACGGCAGAGGGAAUGAGCUGGCAAGAUCGUACGAGUCUUUGGUUCGAAAAGACUUCGUUCGAGGCGUCGCCGGAAGAGCCCGCACAAUUAGCAGUAGGGGAUGGUGAAGCUGUCGACGAAAAUUUAGCAGACGAGGAUGAAGAAUUGCCGGACAGCUGGCUUACUGCCUACCAAACGUUUCUUACAAGCAACAGCGAAUACGAAGAGCUCCUCGCUCGAUUGCAGAGAGAAUUUCACCUAGUUCCAGCAAAGCCGAAUAUUAUGGGGGAGAUCCGAAAAACGAUUAUGUCUUCGCUCCCAUCGCCUCAGAAAAUGAGCAGGAAGAUAUCACCACCAAGCUGCCGCGCUUGGUUUCAAGUCAACUGGGACAUAGUCGAUUUUUUCACUACUCAGGGUUAUGUGAAAGAGCCGUACGAUGCAUUUGAGGGUGUUAUUACUAUUACUGGGACUUGCCAAGAUGCCCAAGCUGCAACCUACUCCGAAGGUUCAGCAGGAGUGCAUCAUCCUGUGACACAUUCGAGGCUCCCCAAGCCCCAUCCAAACUGUGCUCUCUAUGGGGUGAGAGCUCUAGAAGGAAAGCUAAUUCUGAAUGGCCCGGAGUUCGUCAUUGGGGCCAAGGACACACCAGAACAUAUCCCUCGCAAAGGUAACAUUCGGAGACUAAAAUGGAUGUCCACCAAGUUUGUUCUCUUAUGGGAUGAACGCGACAAACGGGGCUGGCUAAUUAAUGGUACGACUGCUCUCUUGCACAUUGUACGAGCUUUCUUGUCCCACGCAAAAGAAGACAACUUCAAAUCUGCCUUUCAGUUCAAUGACGAGGAUCUCCAAGAGGCGAAAGUCCCCUUUACAGCUGAUUCCGCCAUUGCUGUGCUUCUCAACCCUGCAAACAGGCGCCUUAAGCUAUAUGAAGAAGACGAAGGCGACGACGACGAGUAUCUUUUGAAGACCCAAAUUGACCAUUUUUACAAUAUCUUGGAGCAGCUUAUGGAAUACCAGGCAGAUAUUGCCGGACUCAAUGGCUCUAAACUGGGUAACAGCCCACGAAAAUUUCUCGAAGGGUGGGACUUUGAAGACAUGGCGAAAGAAUGUCCCACCAUAUAUCCACGGGUGGCUACUAUAGGGGACGCUGGAAAAGGAUGGGUGGAUUUUGUAAGGGCUAUUCAUGCUGUUACAAUAGUCGGUCGAGGUUUUGGGGAUAUUAUUAGGCCCACUGGCCGAGACCAUUGCGAUUCUUGGGCCACGCUACCGACGAAGCGAUAUUAUAUCGCAAGCUGUGUUUCUGACUUGGACCGUCUUUUGAAGGAAGCUGGUAGUCAUCAAGAUGGUCAUGAGUUGCUCUGCGAUAACUUGAUAUAUCAUGCUCCAGCAUCCGUUUAUCGGCCCUGUCAGUGCAGAGUUACUCCAGGGCGGAAGCAUUGUGAGCCUGUUCGAACGCUGAUUCCAUCGGCAAUGUCGACUGCUAUACCUUUCAGAAAAAGUGCUACUAAACUUCAAGAACUGGGGGCAGUCAUUCUGGGGUAUAGUUCCCAUUUCCCGUUGAUCUGGGGAGACACUGGUCCUCCCGAACGAGGUGAACUCCCCGAAACGGAGCCUUCGCCCAAGACAAUUGAAGAAGAUGUGGAUUCUGGCUUUGGCUCAAACACAACAGUGUCGGAAAUAGAGAACCACUCCUUUUUCCAACCAAAUUCGGAAACCGAAUCUUCGGUCAAGCCUGAAGAGCUUCAGUCCCCGGCAGCGAAGAAAGCCUUACCAAAUGUCACGAUUUCGAUUGAACAAAAGAUACAUACCCGAAACCAAUACACUGUAGGGAUCAUUUGUCCUCUACCAAAAGAGCUCAUGGCAGUCCGUGCCCUCUUUGACUACAGACAUCCUAAAUUGGCCACUAUUUCGGGAGACAGCAAUCAUUAUGCUCUUGGAAUCAUGGAGGGGCACUGGGUCGUUGCAACGUGUCUUCCGUCUGGCGAAUACGGCACGAAUGCAGCUGCAAGUGUAGCUUCUAGUAUGAUAUGCAAUUUCCCUUCAAUUCGGUUCUGCCUUCUGGUUGGUAUUGGUGGCGGCGUGCCUUCUGAGAAGAGAGACGUUCGCCUUGGUGAUGUGGUUGUCAGCCAGCCCACUGGCACCAACAGUGGCGUACUUCAGUACGACCUUGGAAAGGAGGAAGAUGGCGAUCGCUUUCGGCUGGUGGGUUCGUUACAACGCCCACCGCGCGUGUUAACCAAAGCCAUUGGCUUCCUGCGCUCAGAGCCACUGGCUGGCCGGUUGGAAAAAUGCCUUAGCAAGGUUAUAGACUGCCUGCCAACGUACAAGCACCCUGGUCAAGAAUUAGAUGUUCCAACUCAAGCUACCUGCGCGUCGUGUAACUCGUGGCAGUGGCUUCUUGGAUCUUGUUCUCACAUACGGCAGCGUCUUCCACGCACAACUACUAUGCCUACGAUUCACUACGGGCUCGUAGCAUCAGGAAACCGCGUCAUAAAAGACAAGGAGUUUCGCAACCGACUGGCACGGGAUCAUGACAUUCUGUGCUUUGAGAUGGAGGCUGCUGGGGUUAUUAAUACGGUAGACUGUCUGGUGAUCCGCGGCAUCUGCGAUUAUUGCGACGCUCAAAAGAACGAUGUCUGGCAAGAAUAUGCGGCUGCUGCAGCUGCGGCGUAUGCGAAGCUUUUGCUCGGAGUUGUUACCGAAGUAGAACAACAUGGCAAUGCGAGUUAA